AUGACAAUCUAUACAUCACGGUUGAUUGUUAUUCCUAACUAUGGUAAUCGUCUUCGAUUAAAUUCAUCAUCAAAUUCAUCAUAUAGUUUUCAACAUGAAAUAUUUCGUUCGACUCUUAUUCUUUUACCAAAUUCAAAUCGAAAACGUUUUAUACAAGGUAUUGAAGUUCAAUGUGGAAGUUUUAUGAAUGAUCAAACAUAUAGAAAUAAUAAUCGUUUUGAAUCUAUGUCACCUGUUGGUACAUUAAGUGAUGUAUAUAGUGCUGAUGAAUCAAUUUCUGAAUUUCAUUCAAUAAAAAAAACAUCAAUUAUUGGUCAAUCAUAUUCUGAUGUUCGAUAUCGUCUUUUGGCUAAAUCAAAUUUAUUUUCUUAUCCUUUAAUAGAUGAUACGGAUGUUGACGAUAAUGAUAGUUUUUCUUGUUCAUCUGUAGGAUAUUCUUAUCGUCCUGGAAACUAUCAGAAAAAUUAA